AGCACCAUGGCCAGCGCCUGCUCGUGCGGCAGCAGCCGGUGGAGCUCUGUCACAUUUCAUGCAAACAAUGCGUGGAAGGCGAGGCGGAAAACUCGGGGCCAGAGCAGGCAUUUAAAAACACGGCCUGUCCAACCAAAUAGUGGCCGAAGGGGGCUCUCCGUUAAUGAGACAGGCGACACACCUGCGUCUGCUGCCCUGACGUCACCCCUCGCGGCGACACCGGGCUCGUGACUCGAAGGAGAAAAGAAAAAAAAAAGUCACAGGUGCGCCAUCAUUAAUCACUCAUUAGUGUCAAAAAGUCAUGUUUAAUUAGUUGUCGUCGUGAUUUGUUGCUUUUUCUUCGUUAAAUGCGUCCGUAAAUCAAAGUAAGUCUUCAGGUUAUAGCAGGUAAAGCUAAGCUAACUUAAUUUAACCCGCUGUGUGACAUGAAUAAGGCCGGAAAUGAACCGAGGGAAUAGGUCAUAGUUUCAUAACUCGACUUAAUAUGUCGGAUAAAAUAAGCUAGAAACUACAAGCUCGCUCAUGAAACAAAAAGAAGGGGGGGGGGGGGGUUGUAACGCGUUACAGUAAUCCGUUACCAGGCAGCCCUGCCUCUACUAUCUCCGUCUGCCGCUUUGUUGUCUACGCAUCCAUGUGGGUUUUCCCCUUUAGCAGUGUCGGUGUUGCGCCUCUCCGGUCCGUCAGCCUCUCAGCCAUUGGCCUCAGAGACCAUCAGUCUACCUUUCACAACAAUAGACCCCCGCACGCACACACACACGCACGCAAACGCACGCACAUCCCCUCUCUCUCACGCGCCGACACAAACGCGCACAGUGCUUUCGAGGAGCGACGGUGAAAUGUUGGUUAAACUGCGGUUUACCGACUCCUUUCUUUCCAGCUUCACAUCGGCGAGGAGCGCAGGGAAGCCUCUGCGAUGCGCUCAACCGGGGACGCGUCGGAGUUGAAAUAAGGGAAACACUGGGGGGUCGGGAACAAAUCCAAAAAAAAAAAAAAAAGCAUAGGAGGGGGAGAUUUUCUUACGAGGAUGACUGACUGGUGACAAAGAAAAAGAGGAGCCCCUCUAAGGCUUCGGUUGUCACCCGCUAGAACUUGACGGAAGGCGUUUUUUUGAAGGGGGGAGACUGGCUUGCUCUUACUUGGACAGCCAAAGAUUUUUUAUCAUCAUUAUUGUUGGAGGGGAACCAUGCCUGUCCGGAGGGGUCAUGUUGCGCCACAAAACACGUUUUUGGGAGUAAUUAUUCGCAAAUUCGAGGGACAAAACAAGAAAUUCAUCAUAGCCAAUGCCCGGGUGCAGAACUGUGCUAUUAUCUACUGUAAUGAUGGCUUCUGCGAGAUGACGGGCUUCUCCAGGCCGGACGUCAUGCAGAAGCCGUGCACUUGUGACUUCCUGCACGGCGAGUUCACCAACCGGCACGCGGUGGCCCAGGUGGCCCAGGCGCUGCUGGGCUCGGAGGAGCGCAAGGUGGAGAUCACCUACCACCGCAAGGAUGGUUCAGACUUCCUCUGCGCAACUCAUAUCAUCCCUGUGAAGAACGAGGAGGGCGUGGUCAUGAUGUUCAUCCUUAACUUUGAUUACAUCCUGGAUGAAGGCAGCAGUGACUCACUGGAGAGACUCAACCACACCUCGCCAUCCAAAGCUGAGCAACGGAAAGGAAGAUUCUUUCGCUUCCGUUUCCCGGCCUUACCUCUCCUGGGCAUCAACAAGCAGUCCCUGCCCCAGGAAGACCCCGACGCCGUCAUGGUGGACUCCCCUCGCCACAGCGACGGCUCGGUUGCUACACGUGACUACCAACUUCCCACCACCCGCGAGAGCUGCAGUCCAUCCUACGCCAACGACACCCGCGCCCUCAUCGGCCCCAGCCAUUGCUCCACGCCCGUGUCCGGGCCUUUGGACCACUCGUCACCAAAGGGCCCCUGGAACCGGAUAUACCCGGACCAGGCUAUCGCCCAGACCCAACAGCAGAGCCAGGAGGACACACUCAUUGCAGCUCCGUCAAUCCCGGGCCUCACUCCAACCGCCUCCAGAGAGAGUGUGUGCAGUAUUCGCAGAGCCUCCUCCGUACACGACAUUGAAGGUUUUGGGUCCAACUCCAAGAUGCUGUUCAGGGACAGACAUGCCAGUGAAGACAAUGGUCGCAAUAUUAAAGUAUCUCGCUCCUGGAUGGCUGGGGGGCCGCUCAGCCAGAUCAAAUCCAGCCUGCUCGGCUCAACCUCCGACUCCAACCUCAACAGGUACAGCACCAUCAACAAGAUCCCCCUCAUCACGCUCAACUUCUCGGAGGCCAAUAAUGAGAAGAAGUGCCCCUCCCCUCCAUCCUCUGAGAAAACCAUCAUCGCCCCGAAGGUCAAAGACCGCACACACAAUGUCACAGACAAGGUCACGCAGGUUGUGCAGACUGGAUUGGAGAGACAUUGGAAUUCAAUGGUUCUUUCUCUGGGUGCAGACGUGCUGCCUGAGUACAAGCUCCAAACGCCACGCAUGGACAAGUGGACCAUCCUUCACUACAGUCCUUUCAAAGCAGUGUGGGACUGGCUGAUCCUGCUGCUGGUCAUCUACACGGCCAUUUUCACACCCUACUCUGCUGCCUUCCUCCUCAACGACAUCGAGGAGCAGAGGAGGCGGGAGUGCGGCUACUCCUGCUCACCCCUCAACGUAGUGGACCUGAUCGUGGACAUUAUGUUCAUUGUGGACAUCCUUAUAAACUUCAGGACCACAUAUGUCAACAUCAACGAGGAGGUGGUCAGCCACCCGGCCAAGAUCGCCAUCCACUACUUUAAAGGCUGGUUCCUCAUAGACAUGGUGGCCGCCAUCCCAUUCGACCUGCUCAUCUUUGGCUCAGGAUCAGAUGAGACCACCACUCUGAUUGGUCUUCUAAAGACGGCCCGUCUCCUACGGCUGGUACGAGUCGCCCGUAAACUGGACCGCUAUUCAGAGUACGGUGCUGCCGUCCUCAUGCUGCUCAUGUGCAUCUUUGCCCUCAUCGCCCAUUGGUUGGCCUGCAUCUGGUACGCCAUUGGCAACGUGGAGAAACCUUACCUGGAGCAUAAGAUUGGUUGGCUGGACAACCUGGGGGUGUCGAUAGGAAAAAAAUACAACUACAGUGACCCCAGCUCAGGCCCCUCCAUCAAAGAUAAGUACGUCACAGCGCUUUACUUCACCUUCAGCAGUCUGACCAGUGUGGGCUUUGGGAAUGUCUCCCCCAACACCAACUCUGAGAAGAUCUUUUCCAUCUGCGUCAUGCUCAUUGGAUCUCUGAUGUACGCCAGUAUCUUUGGGAACGUGUCCGCCAUCAUCCAGAGGUUGUAUUCAGGUACGGCCAGGUAUCACCUCCAGAUGCUACGGGUCAAGGAGUUCAUCCGCUUCCACCAGAUCCCCAACCCGCUGAGGCAGAGGCUAGAGGAGUACUUCCAACACGCCUGGACGUACACCAAUGGAAUCGACAUGAAUAUGGUCCUGAAGGGUUUCCCAGAGUGCCUGCAGGCGGAUAUCUGCCUCCACCUCAACAAGAACCUCCUACAGGGCUGUAAGGCGUUUGAAGGAGCCUCAAAGGGCUGCCUCCGGGCCCUGGCUAUGAGGUUCAAGACCACCCAUGCGCCCCCUGGAGACACCUUAGUCCACUCUGGAGACGUGCUCACCGCGCUCUACUUUGUCUCCCGCGGCUCCAUUGAAAUCCUCAAGGAUGAUGUUGUAGUGGCCAUCCUGGGUAAGAACGACAUUUUCGGCGAGAUGAUCCACCUGUACACAAAGCCAGGGAAGUCCUGCGCAGAUGUGCGGGCGCUGAGCUACUGCGACCUGCACACCAUUCAGAGGGAGGAGAUUGUGGAAGUGCUGGACAUGUAUCCAGAGUUCGCCGACCACUUCCUCACAAACUUGGAGCUGACCUUUGACCUCCGGGAUGAAAACUCCAAGACGAGCAAUCAAGGAACUGAUUCUAAUGUGGAUGACAGCGAGUGUCCAAGACGAGUGUCCUACAGAAGGAAAUCCUCCACAGGCUCACACAACAAGGAGCCAACGGCCACCUACUGCAACACCAAGAUCUACGCCUCCGCAGCUGCCGAGGAGAGGAGGGAGUCCGCCGAGGAGGGAGAAGACGAGGAGGACGAGGAAGAGGAGGAAGGCAGGGAGGAGGAGGAAGAACAGAGGCCCUUGUGUUCUGGUGUGCUGGGCUACCCGGUGGUUAGGGACCACACCCUGAGUCUUGGGCUGAGCAGCACUCCAGACGCACAAGCUGGAGACAACACGCAGAACCAGGCUUAUAAAGAGCUCCAUGCAGAGGAGUGGGUGUGUCAGCGUCCCGACGAGGGUGCCGUGGAGUCAGCCCAGUGUCAGGAGACGCCCGCCGGGGAGGAAGACAGUGACACAGACCUCACCUACGGAGAGGUGGAGCAACGGCUGGACCUGCUGCAGCAGCACCUCAACAGACUGGAGUCCCAGAUGACGUCGGACAUCCAGGCCAUCCUGCAGCUCCUCCAGAGGCAAACCACAGCUGGUCCCCCCGCCUACAGCACCGUCACCUCCAGCCCCGAGUACCAGAGGCCAGCCAUCAGGGUCCAGCCUGUGUCUGCCAUCCAGACAGAGCUCAGCCUUGAUCCUGCUCCGCCUCGGCCACAGAGCCCUGGCCCAGAAAAGGCCCAGAACAAAUCCAAAGAAACCUCCUCAGUCCUCCUUCACACAGAGACUCUUCCAGACGGGAACUUUGCUGGACUGCUAGAGAGCGACACGGACACAGAACAGAGACACACACAAAACAGCGUGGACUCUCUAGAGCAACAACACCAACAGCCACCGAGGGUCCCCUCAGGCAGACAAGCCUCUCUCCCUGAAGUCCCCAGCAGCUCAGGAAUGUUGGGACUCCACAGGCCAGUUUCUGACCCGGGGCUUCCAGGAAAGUAGGCCUCCCCGCACGCUUUCGACGUUGACUGAAGGUCUUCUCUCAAGCUUGACUCAGGGUCUAAGAAAGAGACUGAAUAUGCAAAGGAAAACAAACUGUAGACUUUCUUCCAUUCCUUUUCAGAAAAAUCUCCCCUGCCCUUCCAACUAUCUGAUUUCGAUGUAUAAAGUCCAUUUAUACAGAGGUAUUUAUACACUAUAUUAUUAACAUGUGUAAAGUCAUCUACAUACGUGUACAUACGUCAAAUAGAACACUGCCAGCAACACGAGGCACCUAAUGUGCUUUUUCUAAAGAGAGAUAUGCAUGUUUUUGUUUCUCGUUCAUUUUCUUUUUCUAUUGCAUGUUCCUCACACACACUGCGACUCAUCCGGCAAUCAGGUGUGAUCUUGGCAUGCUUACAGACUACUGUAGCUCUCAAGUCUCAUUUUCUAUGACUCUUCCCUCUCCACAGGGACAAAAGCUACUUGAAACUCUCUCCGAGGCAUUUCUAUAUUCCACUCCGCAGCUUUGAAGUUCCUCUUUUAUUAUCAGCAGCUCCAAAACGAUCGACGGCAAACUCACAAGGAGGACUGUCUGUAUAUUUAGCGUGCCUACUGUACACAACAUUGCCACAAACAGAUAAAACAGAUUACUUCUUAUUCAACUCAACAUAAUGUGUGUAGAGGCUGCAUGGACGUCCCAUAGCACAACAAGACUUUUGUCUUUGAGAGCAAUAAUGAUGAAACGAACAGACUCUUGGUAUAUUUGUAGUUUAGUACGCUCUGGAGAUCAUUUUAUACAAGCCGAGCGAAGAAAAAAGAAAAAAAAGGCAUCUUUCAACAGCAUUUUAUGUUGUGAAUUAAUUUGCGAUGUUAAGAUCUGUACUUGAAUUUAACAGCCCAACUGUCAUGCGUAGGGCGUUUCUGGUGGAUAAACUGUAAAUGUUCAAGACAACAAAAUGAAUGCUUAAAGUUUUAGUAGAUUUGAAAACAUAGAAUUACCAUAUAACCACCUGCAUCAUAUCAAUAUUACAUUAGCAUGGUUGUAGGGUAUUUACAGUUGCAGUCAAAACUUGUAAGGGACAUUUAUCUGUUCAGGCAGUUUGGGUAUUUUAGUCAUUUCUACAUCUGUUCUUUCUCAGUGACAGAAUGACUCUUUGUUACAAGGAAAUAAGUUUCUUCUGUACAUUUUUUCUGUUAAACAAAAUCUAAUGAGUCAAUAAAUAUACAUACAGUACAGCUAGUAUUUGUCACCUGAAGCAUCCAGCUUCCACCACUCUUCAGGGUAGAGUCUGGAGUUUAACCUCAUUUGUUGUUUUCUUGCACUGGCUCCUCUCUUAAGGCAGUCUAAACUUGAUGUAGUUUGAUUUAUCAGUCCCAAAACCGCCUCUGAUCUGUGUUCAGUGUCAUUGUCCUGUUGGAACAGGUAGAAGUUCAAUCUACUUCUUGUCAUUGUGGUCAGAUAACUCCAUCUUUUAACUCUCCGUCCAGCACAAGGUCAUUUGUUUGUCAGGCUUUAUGGUUUUGGAGCUUCUGUCUCACAGGGUAGACUCUCAGCUUAUGGUGAUAGGUGACACCUCUGUUCCAGCAACUUGGACAUUAAACUCUGGACUAAUAGUCUUUCAAGCACAGUUGGAGUUUUCUUCAAAAGACGCCUCAGUUCCCAGUACAUGUAAUUGUUAAUCUCGACAUUUUAGAUCUUUCUAUGCCACCAAUAUCUAUAAUUUACAGUCCUGUAAAUUGCUCUAUGUACAUUAUUGACUCAAUAGAUUUUCAGAUGAGCCACAAAAAAACGUCUUUUUGUGACAAAGAAGAGCGUUUUUCAGUGAUUUUGUCACAGAAAAAAAACAAUCCCCAAACUGCGUUGACAUAAUGUCCCUCACAAGUGUGUGUAAACUAUUGACUGCAACUGUGAAACUGCUGCACAGGAAGUAACAUCCUGAAUCUUCUCCACAGCUGGAGGGAACUCUGACUAUCCCACAAGAUAGUUUAUGGUUGCAUGCUUUAGGUCUUCCAUUAUCUUCUUUAAAAGUACAAUUUCGUGAAUAAAGAAAAUCAUCUCUAACAUCAAAAAAAUGUAAAAAAUGAGGAGAAAAAAAAGAUGCUUUGUCAUGUUUGGGGCCAACGAGACAGCUCCGCCUUCUAUAGCCUUAGCUUUAUAAGCCUGCUCUAGCCUUUACAGACGACAUCAGUCCAAUGCAACAGAAACCUGCUUCUCCACCGUCACAGAUGUAAAUGUACUGAACCGUUUUUAGGCUGAACUGCAUGACAAAAAUGAAUUAGUCAUUCUAGUUUUUUAACUACACAAAUUCCCACACGAGCUCAUGUAUUGCAUGGAGACUGCACUCGACUAAAUUAUAAAAAAGGUCUCAAUCAGCUGUGUGUGACAUGUAUUGAUGCGUAAGGUCCAGCACAUAACUCACCCAGAAAGAUUUAGAAAUAACGGUUAGACCUAUUUUUCUAAAACAAAGUAUUUAAUUUGCUGUUAUUUUUCUAUGUACCUUUUAUUUGUUUUUAAAAACAACCCUGAUGUUUGUUUGAAUGGCGUGGACUGCUGAUGGGAAGACGAUGAAUGCAAUGCACAGCCUCUCAAUGUAGCAAGACGUCAGUGACAGCUUCGUGCUGCAUUUACUGUAUGCUGUUGAAAUGGUUUGUCUGGAUUUAAUAUUGCACAUUGAUAUCAUAUCAUUUCUACACUGACUUCUCCCUCCGAACUUAUUCAACACUUCACUGUCAUCGUUUUGUCCCGACUCAUCCGGUGGAAAAACCUCCUCACUCCCGGUGACAAAAACACAACACGUAGAAGUCAUUUAAGUGUUUGUAAGGUGUGUGAGACAUGAUGAAAUCUGUCCGGAUGAAGAAGCUCAUGUUCCCUACACUUACAGACCCGAGACGUCAAGAGACAAUGUCAGUUGAAUGCAGGAUUAAAAUGGACUUUAUGGUAAAAUACAGAUGUUUCCAGCAGAACACGGGGUGUUUUCUUUGAUAAGCUUUCUUUCUCGAGCACAGAUGUAGAACAAAAGUUGCUGAAGCCUAACUCGACAUGUCUAACGCCUGAAGAGUUGUCUCCUGAACUUUCACGGGAUUUGCAAACUUUUGCACAGAGAUUAGAAAACUUGCUGUACUGGAUAUAAAUGUCACUUUUUAAAUCUAGUGCUGUUCACAAUUGUUUUUAUGCAUUUUUUAAAUGUUUGCCACUGUAUUUUAUACAAUGCAACACUUAACAGCUAAUUUGAAUGUUUCCGUUCUUAACUAUAUUUAAAGAAAUGAAAUAUAUUGUGUAAAUAGACUGGGGAAAAAUGCGCAAUUGUAUAAAUUAAUAAACAGAAUGCAUACUGAUUAAAAA